AUGACAGACGCGUCGUCGUCCUCGGAGCUCCUGUCCCGCGAAAGAGCAGCGGUGCUCGUGAGCAGACCAACGCAAAAGAGCGAUGAGCACACCAGAGCCAUGGCGCCUCGAUUCAUUCAUUCAUUCAUUCCUCUCCUCCGUUGGCUUCCCCACAUCGCCGCCGCCGCCACCCACCGCCUCGUCUCCCACGUCGCUGCCGGCCAUGGCCUCCGCCCUCUACCUCUCCCUCUCCCUCACCGCCGCCGCACCCACCCUCCCCUCAUCACCUCCCCUCUCCUCUCGUCACAAGAGAAGAGAAGAGAAGAGGUUAGGUCAGGCGGCGGAGGCGGCGGCGGCGGCCCAGAUCCGCCACGGUCGCCUAGGGCCUCGACGGCCAGCGCGCGCCGGGACAUGGCCUCCGACGACGCGGCCGUCAAUCCAAGGUACUCGAUGGGGAUGCUGCUUCCUUGUGCUCUGCUCCGUGUCUGCUCGGCUAGGGUUCGUUCGGUGCUGGUGCUGCCUGCGCCUCCGGUCUGGUCUGGUGGACUAGGUGGACCGUGGCUGCUCCGAACGGUUGACUUUACCACUUGAACUUACUUGGAGUUCACCUUUUGCAAAGUGGCAUCCUCAAGAAGCUGCGUGAUAUUCGGCAUCGGCUACAACUGCGAUGAGUAAGUCCUCUGUCCCCUCUCUACCCUGCUGGCCGUCGACACGAAGGUGUUGCUUCUGGUGAUUUGCUUUUAGUGGUGAUGCUAUUUAAGCCCUGGUUGUGGUUUUCGCGUCCUGUUUAUGCCCAUGCUAUGGUUAAUCAUAGGGUUCCUGGUUAGCACUGCCGUUGAAUUUAUUUGAUUUCUCACAGCCUAUAAUCAUGGUUUCAGUUUACCACUAUAAACUGGUUGUGCUUCUUAUGAAGUUUACUUGGCCUAGGUUUGGUUAUAGGGUCCUGGUUAUGUCUGCCUUAAGUUCAUAUAUGUGGUCUGGUGGUUAUGCAUUAUUUGCUUGCUGUUAAUAUUUUUGAUAGGGGUUUUCUUAGUUUUGGAGUUAAAACAUGCUACUAUCUACUCUAUGAUACUUGAGGCAUCAUUCUUUUUGAUUGACGUUGUUAUUUUAUUCAUAUGGUCUUGAGCGUUGGUAACGCUGUCUUUUAUAGCAGGUUAUUUGUUUCCCAGACAACGUGAGCAAAAACGUACCAAAAAUAGAGAUGAAACUAUAUGGUGUUCAUUAUUAGGGGAAAGUUUCA